CCGGCGCAGGCCCCGGGGCCUGUUCUGGGCCGGGACCGGAGCUGGUGCCGGGGCUCCUUCGGCAGCGGAGCGUCCCCAAGGUGUCCCCAGUGAGCAUGGAGCCCCAAGAGCUGUCCCCGGCCCUGCUGCAGCCACAGGUCACCGUGGUGGCCACCCUGGGUGAGCUGCUGGGCACGCUGAGCAGUCAGGACGAGAUGAUGCAGCCCUGGUCCCCAUGGUCCCUGUACUGGGACCUGGAGUUCUUCACCAGGGAGCUCUGGGUCACCCUGCACCGCAUUGAUAACGCCUGGUGGCCCCAAGAUGUCACCUCCGACGAUGAUAGCCCUUUCAACGCCCUGAGGCAGACCCUGGCCGCCUACAAGAGCAUCCCAGGGACCACCUUGUUACCUGUGGGAUUGGCGGUUGGUGUCCCCUCCACAGCUUCAGGUGCUGGUGGCCGUGGUGGCCACCCUGGGCGAGUUGCUGGCCACCAUGACUGGGCCACACAGCGACAAGUCCCCAAACUCCUUACAUGAGGACCUGAAGAACUUCACCUGGAGCCUUCGUGCAAUCCUGAACCACAGCAAUGCCACCUCCCUGGGCCACCCUGGUGUCGCCUCCCUGGGCCGGGCCCUGGCCACCCUCGGGGCCACCCCUGGGACCACCUGGGCCAAUGGGAGAGCCACAGCCAAGGCCUGGCGGGAGUUGGUGGCCAGGCUCAUGGACCGCUGGGACUGGCUGUCCAGGGAGGCCACCAAGCUCCGUGACAACCACAGGAAGGUAAUCGCGAACCAGCAGCUGAUGGUGGCCCUGGACAAGGAGGAAGUGGCCAGGGAAAUGGCCACAUACAAUGCCCAGGUGGCGGCAGCCACCAAUGAGGGAAUGGGAGAGGCUAUGGUAGCCACCAGGAGGGGACGUUGGGCAGUGGUGGCCCUGGGGCUGCUGCAGCGCUUGGUGGCCACCUGUGACAGAGCCACCUUGUUCUACUGGAACAUGGAGUGGCGGCUCAGGGACAUCGAGGCCAUCCUGAAGGGGACAAACGAGGUGUCCCCUGAUGUCCUCCAGGCCUUGGUAGCCAAAGUGGCCAAGUUUGAGUGGCUGUGGGAGGCCAGCACCCGCCUGGCCAAGGAUCACCUGCUGAGGACACUUGGGGUCAUCGACAAUAUCCUCUUGAGUCCCUAUGAUGGUUGUGGUGGCCCCGGUGGCCCUGGCAGCUGCACAGUGGCCAAGCAGUGCCAAAAAGCCAUCGAGGACAUCCCGAGGCUGCUGCAGGAAAGUUUCACAUGGGAGCACUGACAUCAUCAGGGACAUCACUGCUGUCACCUGUGCCCUCCCUGUGCAGUAUUUGAGACAGAUUUGGGGAGCAGAGGAAUUUUCUAGGAAUUUUCAAUGAUACUGUC